UCGUCUUUUUUAUGCUCCAUAUAAUCUUGCUCGAUGAAGUGGUUAGUACGAUUUGAGAGCUGAAUAUUUCGUUGUAGGAGAUUAGGUCGUGCAAUAGUCUAGCGUGCUGGUCGAGUGGUCGACCAAAUCCCGGGAACGUGCUGAUAGUCCCCUCUGCUGCAGCGAGAUAUUUCCUCUUUCCUGUAUCGAAUCACUGAGCAACCAGAGCUUCACAGAGAGAGAGGAGAGCGACCGGAAGGGCCAGCCGAUACGCGAUGCAGAAACGCGCGUUGGUGGUGUGCGCGGCGGCCGCCGUGCUCGGCCUCGCCGCGGCCGUGCUGGGGUUCGCCGCGGAGCGUUUCAAGAACAAGGCUUUCGUGAGGUCCGACGUGUUCCGCUGCGAGUACCGGCGCACGCCGGCGCUGGGCUGCGGCGUCCUCGCCGCGCUGCUCUCGCUGGCCGCGGUGGCGCUCGUCACCGCCGCCAGCGGCUGCUUCGGCCGCUUCGGCGCUGCCGCGCUCCCGCCCGAGAGGCGGCGCGGCUGCGCCAGGAACGCGUGCGCGGCAGUCUCGUGGCUGUGGGUGCUGUCGGCGGCGGUGAGCUUCCUGUACGGCGCGUCGCGGAACGCGGGAGGGACGGGGGGAUUCACCGCGGUCAGGCGGCAGCCCGGGCAAAACGGCGGCGGCGGCGGCUUGGACUUCGUCUGCAACGAGCUCCGGGACGGGGUCUUCGCGUCGGCGUCCAUCCAGGCCGUCAUCGCCAUCGCCUGCGCCAUCACGGCCUACGUCGACGCCCUCCAGCAGAGGAACCGGACGCCCACGCUGGGCGUCGCGAUGGGGCAGCCAAACCAGGCUCCCGUGGCUUACCCGGCUCAACCUCCGUACGAUGCCUACGGCGCCAACAAGCAACCUGCAGGGACAGCUUGAGCCUGAUGAGGUCGGCUCCAGCGUGUUUUUGCCUUUUCUGUGGUGCUGUGCUAGUUUACGUGCCAACUGGCUUUGUAGCGUUCGCAUCUCCUCAUCAUGUACUUACGACUUGCCAAUUUGUAAGUGUGACUCAUCACUUGGUAUACGCCUCUGUUUUCAAGUUUGCUAAUAAGAAAAGUGUAAAUUUGAGCCAACAAGUCACAUACAAUACGUUUAUACCAUCAUAAACUCUUCAAUGAAUCACUCUUCUACA